UUGAUUUUGCGGUCGAUUUUUGUCAUUUCGUGCCUGUUUUUAUAUUUUGUUUUUGUACAAGAUUAGUUUAAAAUUUAGGCCUAGGCCUAUAUUGUGAUGACAUCUGUUAUUCAAUAAAUUGAUAUUAACAUUAUAAAAAGAAGGCUUUUCUUGGCGACAUGCUGGCACUCCAGCACGCAUUUGUUCUUUGGGAUCCACAUGUAAACACACACCACUGUGACUUUAGCUAUUUCUCAUACAGCGGGAAUUUAAAGAUGGCCGCAGCAGAACGUUGGAUGUUUUGAUCGUCAUCUCAGUAACUCCGCUGUAAUUGCACUGUGAACACAUUUAAUUGGUAUAAAACUUACUAUAGCAAUCAAUUUGAUCAUGCCACGAAAAAAACCAUUUAGUAAUAAGCAAAAAAAGAAGCAGCUUCAAGAAAAGCGAGAAAGAAAGCGAGGCAAUGAACCGCAUCGUUAUCCAGGCCAGCCUCAUCGUCCAAGACCACAUCAGCCUCCAGACAGUAGUGAAGAUAUUGACUCUGGCUCGGACAGUAGUGAACAGAGAGAAGUACGAUUAUUAAAUUUUCAGCCAUUUCUAUCAAGGCGUUUUCCUGAUAAAAAAUAUGAUCCCAACAGGUAUAAGCUGCAUUUUGAGAAGGAAACUAAACAGGAGUUAGCCCAGCAGAAAAAGCAAGGAAUGCAGCCUUUUACUAUGCGACCGGAGACUGAAUUAGAAGUAAAUAUUGAAGAUAUCUACCGACCUGGAUCGGUACUUGAUAUACCGAAAAGACCUCCAUGGGACUAUACGCUGUCAAAGGAACAAGUGGAGAAGCAUGAGGAGCAGAUGUUUCAGGAGUACCUGAGUAACAUCAGUGCUAAGUAUUCAGCUGGAGAGGUUAGCUAUUUUGAGUGUAACCUGGAGACAUGGAGACAGUUGUGGAGAGUGUUAGAGAUGUCAGACGUAAUUCUUCUUAUAGCUGAUGUUCGUCACCCGGCUCUGCAUUUCUCUCCGGUACUUUACGAUUAUGUUGUCAAGGAAUUGAAGAAGCAUCUUAUAUUAGUUUUGAACAAAAUUGAUCUAGCGCCACCAUCGUUAGUGGUUGCUUGGCGGUCAUACUUCCGUGAGAAGUAUCCUUGCCUUCAUGUUAUCUGCUUCACAUCAUUCCCAAAGGAAAACUUCAGCUCUAAUAUUGAUCCUGGAAAAGUUUUACAUCGGAAACGGCGACGAGGGGCUUUCAGUGCCGUAGGUCCAAUGGAUCUACUCAGAGCUUGUGAAUCAAUCUGUAAGGAUAAAGUUGAUUUAAGUAGUUGGAGAAGUAAGAUAGAAGCAGAGGUCCGCGGCGAUGAGAUUAUAAACUGUCAUCCGUGUCUAGAGGAUAUUAUUCAUGAGCUAUCCCUUUAUACAGAGCAUCAGAUCUUCAAUGAUGGCGUCUUAACAAUUGGCUGUGUUGGUCAUCCUAAUGUUGGUAAAUCAUCCCUUAUGAAUGGUCUCGUAGGCCGGAAAGUCGUCAGUACUUCAAAGACACCUGGUCACACAAAACACUUUCAAACAAUCUUCCUUACACCGACGGUAAAACUUUGUGACUGUCCUGGUUUAGUUUUCCCUUCAGUAGUUGACAAGUCAUUACAGAUUCUGUCCGGUAUUUAUCCCAUAGCCCAGGUACAGAUGCCUUACACUGCUGUAGGAUACUUAGCAGAAAGGAUUCCAGUCGUAAACAUCUUGAAGAUUAGCCAUCCCAGCGAUGAUGCCUCCUCCGAGAGUGCCUCUAGCAGCCAGUGGUCUGCCUGGGAUAUCUGUGAAGCCUGGGCAGAAAAGCGAGGUUUUGUGACAGCCAAGGCAGGCCGCAAUGAUACUUAUAGAGCUGCAAAUAAUAUUCUCAGACUGGCUGUAGAAGGCAGGCUUUGCAUGUGCAUGAGACCACCAGAAUAUACAAAAUCAAAAUCAAUUUGGGAAAACCAUCCUGAAACCAAGGAAAUAGCACAAUUACAGGCACAGCACAAGAAACUUCAAGAACAGAGUCGAAUUCCUUGCUCAGAUUUUACAAGCUCAGAAAACGACAGCGAUGCAGAUGUUGAGAGCAAUGACCUUGAAAGAGAAUCUGACCCUCUGAGAGAGGACGAUGAAGAUGAUGAGGAUGAGAGGAGGACUAAGGUUAAAGAUACACUGCCACUGAAGACAAACAAUGCAUUUUCAUUGUUAACAAUGAAUGGUGGAGACAAUGAAGAUGAACUGAGAUAGGAUUUGGUAAUGAAAGUUUGAUAGGUGAUUUAUAGGUGUGGAAAAUGAGGAAAAACACAUCGUUGCUGAUGAGAAUAAUGUUACGAGCCCCGACCUUGGACGGUAUUGCCUGUUAGAAGCAAAGACAAAUUUUUGAGCCCAGCCGUUGAGCCUAGCCAUUGGGCUAUCUGCUGAGCCUAACUGUUGGGCCUAGCUUUUAAACCUUGCCACUGAGCAUAGUCAUUGAACCUAUCAGUUGAGCAUUGAAUUUGAAGCCAGGAAAAGUCAAGUGCUUUUGUGAAAUCCUUAGUAGAAGCAGUUUGGAGGAAGUGAUCGAAAUGUGACAUUGGUUCAUUUGUUAAAUCACGUUUACGUUGAUUGAAUAUAACCAGAAUUUUUUUAGAUCAUACAUAAAUUGAUUAUUUUAAAAUGGACUCUAAAUGAUCUAAAUAUAUAAUUUUUUUAUCUUUAUAUUUUUAUUAUUUAUCUUCAAUUUAUUAUUAUAACUUUUAUGUUCUUUUAUCAAUUUUUUUGAGAAAUGACAAAAAGUUGAUUUUGAUGGUAACAGUUAAUUGCUACAGGCAAUUACAGGCAUGAGGAAUUAAAUUUAACAAUAUUUUUAUCAUUUUUUAUGAUAUUAUUUCUAUUUUUAUUACAGGUUUUAUUAUUGUUUAAGAUACAUUUAUUGUUAUUUUUGUUAUUAUUCAUGUUAUUAAUAAUAUUAUUUUAUUUAUUUUAUUAUUAUUAUUAUUUUUUUGUUAUUGAAAUCAUGGAAUUGAUAUACCAUCCGUAGAAUGUAGCAAGUUUUAAAAGCAAAUAUUGUUAACAUUGUUACAGUAUAAUUAUCAGAUGCACUCUCAAUGUUUAUAUUGUUUGAAUCUUGAAAUCUUAAAUCUUGGAAGAUUUACAUUGGGCACCUUGACACACUGACCAUUCUGCCAUUUGCCUGCAGUGUUUUAGCACAUUGGCCAACACAUGCCUACUAGCCUAUCACCAUGCCUACCGGCCUUCUUGCACUUGCACAUAUACAAAUAUACAGUACGCCUAGGCCCUACCUAGAUUUUCAAGUUUAUCUAUGCUAUUUCUUAACUCUAGCAAAUUAACAAAGCAUUGUUUAUGUUCAUAGUUGAUUAAGGAGGACUAGUACUAUCCAUUAGAUAAUGGAAUGAUUCAUGUCCAUAUUUGGAAUAUGAUUUAUUAAGGCAAUGUAAAUGUUUAAUAAAUCACAAUUUGGUCCAAAAAGCAAGUAUAAUGGUGAGAAGGGGCACAUGGUCAAUCUUCUGAAAGCAAUAGCCUUAAGUCCUGUCCCGACUAUCUAAUUUUUAUUUGACAAAAACAUGUGACAGUGACAUGCCUAAAUAUGGUCAUGAUGACGUCACAUCAUGACCAUAUAUAGGCACAGCAUGACUAUAUAUGGGCAUACAGCAGGUUUUUUUUUUUUGUGAACAGAGCUUAAGAACUACAAACGGCAUGAUAUAAAUAUUAUUAAUAUUACCCAUAAACCUUUAGUAUAUAAAUAUGUGAUUUGAUCGGAGAUGUUUAAAGUUUUUAUCAAGAAUGAUUUAUGUCUUUUCAUUUCUAUCCCCCCCCCCCACAAAAUGUUGUUGAAUUCAGGAAAGUUAAAAAAUAUAUGCAAACAUGAAAUAUUGUUGAAUUACAAGAUUCUGAUUAGUAGUGUUUUACCAUUCUUAUUUUGCUAAACAAAUUGGAGCAUGUCAUCAGGGCCAUUUGUCAAAAUCAUUGAAGUGUGCGUGGCUGAUCAGGUAGUGUUUAAACACUCUUAGUACUGUAUUGCUAAGCCAAUUUGAACAUUAGAGCCAUGUAACAACAAAAAUGUGUCACAAGAAUCUGAUCAGACUUUUUUCUCUUGUGGUAUGACAACUAAAACUUAUUCAUCAAUGCAUCAAUUCCAUUACAGUAGAUUACAAUACAGUUAUACUGCAUUCCUUCUGUACUAUUUCACUUUUUUUUUUCUUUUCCUUUUUUACACUCAUUGAUUCUCAUAUAGAAAAUAGAAUAUAGAAAAUGCAAUUAUAUAACUAUUAAAAUCUUAACAGUUUUUCACUCAAAUAUUUUAUAUAAAAUUCUUUUUCAAGUAAAAUGAUACAGGCCUAUAUUUAUUCACAGAGAAUCUGAUGAGAAAGCAGCUUAAACAUUCUUAAUAUAAAGCCAAUUGAAGCAUGUACCGUAAUUGAGAGAUUGAGUGUUGGAAUCAGAGUCAGAAUAUCUUUAAGAUCAAUUAACAAUGUUAGGGUAUGGGAAUAGUGUUUCAGCGCAUACAUUUUUUUAAAAACCAAAUAAGAUUCUUCUUUAUAUUAUAUAUGUUUUUGUUUUUUUUUUAUUAUAAAAAAGUUGGUGUUGCCAUUUUACCUAUUUUUUUGUUAUUGUCAUUUUCUUGUUGGCCUGUUUUUUCUAAAGGAUAAAUAUUGUUUUGAUAGUAAAAUUUGUAUUUUUGAUCUGUAUUUUCUAACUUUUAUUAUUGUCAAUAUUAUUUUAAUUAUUACUUUUUGUUAAUACAGGUCUCCCUUCAAUUAAAGACCACUUUUGGGUCCACCUUUUCUAUGGUCUUUAGUAGCUUCGGUCUCUAAUUAGAAUAAUAUAGAUAAAAGACGAUUGUUCAUUUGGGACCACAGAAAGGUGGUUUUUCAUUAGGAGGGUUUAUAAUUAGGGGGUGACAUGUAUUUAUUAUUUUUAGUUGAAAUGAUGUUAUUAUUCUUUCAGUCUGUCUGCAAUUAUGUAUUCAAUGAUGAUGAUGCCCAAGAUUAUUUUUAAGUUGUUACUUAGUCCAUGGUAACAUCUCAGUAGGUAGCUAGCCUAUGAAGCUAAAAGCACACAUUGAUACUAAUUUAUUUUAGACAAAUGUUGAAUUGUGAGUUUUAAACAUAUUAUCUUUAUAUUAGUACGGUAAUUAUUAAUUAUAUUCCUUGAUAAAACAUGGUAUGUUGGCAUCUUUAUGCAGAUUUGACACAAUUUAAUCAUCUAUAUUUGGCUCAGCUGUAUAUGUUAUAAUGUAUUGCAUAUUCAAAAUGAAUAAAAGAUUAAAUUAUAUUGGUAAUACAUA